GAAUUUUAGCAUGACAUACUUUGGCUUUUGUCCAACAGAGCUAUACUAUAUGUAAAGAUCAAAAUAAACAGUCUUCAAAAGAGGGAAAUUUUGAUAAGAGAAAUGUUCUGUUUCACAAAUGUUGCUUCAUUGCUAUUGCAAGUUUUAAUUGUUCAAGGAAACGUAUUACAAAGUUUUCAGAGUGAUGAGAUGGUUGUGAAGUUUCCAAACACUAUAAAAACGUAUACGGAAAAAGGUUGCACUUAUCUUGAUUGCUCUCAUUGUCAAGGUUAUGGUGUUAAUCCAUCAGCGGACCCUCGCUGCAAAUACGGGUGCAACCAAUGUAUGACAAAUCCAACUAAAAUGGCUACGGAUGAAGUUUAUAAAACAAUUAAACCGUUUGUAAAAGAAUACAUUAGUGGAAAAGUUUUAGGAGCUAAUCCUGAAGCGAGUGUACAACGCAAAACAUUAUUAACUGCUUUUAUUGCAGUACUAGCUUUUGCUGCAAUUGGAUUGGUAUUCAAAAUUACUUACAACACUUUUAUUAUUUGUAGGUCGAAGCACCGCAUUAUUAGCACAAUUCCAACGUCACUGAAAAUUGUCGUUACCAAUGUUUAAAGACAACAACUGUAAUUUUAAUUUAUCUGUUUUAAGAAAAAAGAAAAAUACUAAUAACUAACCUAAAAUUCAAAUAAUAAAAUUAAAAAUGUAAAUUACUGUAUUAUAUAUAAUCAAAUAUGCAUUUUUUAA